GCCGCCGCCCGCCCUUUUUGCUGCGCGCGGCGCUGGGCCGCCGCGACGUGACGGUGCCGGUGACGUGAGCGCGUAGCGUGCGCGUGACGUGGUCCCGGGGCAGGCGGGCGGGGCCGGUUUGAACGCGGGGGAGACGGGGCCGGAGCGGGCAGAAGAUGGCGGUGAACGUGUACUCCACGUCGGUGACGAGCGACAACCUGAGCCGGCACGACAUGCUGGCGUGGAUCAACGAGUCCCUGCAGCUGGCGCUGACCAAGAUCGAGCAGCUCUGCUCAGGUGCUGCGUACUGUCAGUUCAUGGACAUGCUCUUUCCGGGUUCUGUAGCGCUCAAGAAAGUGAAGUUUCAAGCAAAAUUGGAACACGAAUACAUUCAAAACUUCAAGGUUCUACAAGCAGGUUUUAAACGAAUGGGUGUUGACAAAAUAAUUCCUGUGGACAAACUAGUGAAAGGAAAAUUUCAGGACAACUUUGAAUUUGUUCAGUGGUUCAAAAAAUUUUUUGAUGCGAACUAUGAUGGGAAGGAGUACGAUCCCGUCGCUGCCCGGCAAGGCCAAGAGACAGUAGCACCAAAUCUUGUUGCACCAGUUGUGAACAAACCCAAGAAAUCUCUCGGUUCUGGCAGUGCAGCCCCACAGAGGCCCAUUGUUACACAGAGGACCCCAACGACUGCGAAAGCUGGGACUGGAAUGGUGAAAAAGGCUGCAGGAGAUGAUGAAUCAGCAGGAUUGAUUGAGCAGAUCAAUGUAUUGAAACUUACUGUUGAAGAUCUGGAGAAGGAGAGAGACUUCUACUUUGGCAAACUGAGGAACAUUGAAUUGAUCUGCCAGGAGAAUGAAGGGGAGAAUGAUCCAGUAUUGCAGAGGAUUGUGGAAAUUCUUUAUGCCACAGAUGAAGGCUUUGUGAUACCUGACGAAGGAGCACCGCAGGAAGAACAAGAAGAGUAUUAACAGACCACAUACUGUACCAGCAGAGCAGCAACAUCAGAAUUCUUUGCCCCAGAUCAUGUGCUUAACUGUAAAAUACUCCACUUUAUUCUUAGAGGACUCACUGGUUUCUUUUCAUAAGCAAAAAAGUACCUCUUCUUAAAGUGCACUUUGCGGAAGUUUCACUCUUUUUACAGUGGGUUUGAGUUAGGAGCUCUUUCUCACUUUGUAGCAGAGCAGUAUUCACAUCUAGGUGGUAUAUUUAGGGAGCAAGAGGCUGAAUAUUUGGAACUUGUUGCAGAAUGGUUUGCUGGUAAAACACUGGUUUGUGGAAAGACUCUUUUUGUAUCUAAGGUGGCGUGUAGUAGAGAACUUAAAGACUCUGACUCGCAGAAAGAUUGAGUUAAUGUGAAAUUGCAGCACAGAAAUUAUAAUAAAAUGCCUUAAGAGUAUUUAAUAUGCUUCCAUAUGCCAAAUUGAAGUAAUGUGACGGGAGAUUUUAUGUGCUUCAUAUUGGGGUAGACGCUUGUUUAACUCCAUUCACUGCUGUCUGAGAGGCCUUGCAUGGCAGUCUCACUUUGUCAGCAAGUGCUCAAAAGGGGCUAUUAAAACAAAACUUCAUUCCUAUGUAAAGCUGCUUACUGAGUGAUUAGUUCUCGAUGAAAUAGGCCUUAACGUUGCCUGUCACAAGAUUAGAGGGAGUAUGAACAGCUGAGACACAUAAAUUACCUUGAAGAGUGCUAAAGCCUUUUUCUAUGGCAUUGUGGCUAAUGACUUUGCCAAAAUGUACUGUGUUUUCUGUUUAAAAACAAAACAAAAAACAACAAAAAGCAAAGGGCAUCCAGUCUUACUGCCUAAAAGGUUCUUCAGAAGUAAUUUUCUUUUCUGGCUCUUGUUUCUAUAACUGUUUAUUUUUGUUGGUAUGCUUUUUGGUCUCUCACUGGUUCUCUUCUCUUUCCCAUCCCAAGGAGUGCUAUCAAAUCCAGUGGUUGUAACGGGACUUGCACUGUGCAACUCUCUUAGAAUGAAAAUGAAUUGAGCACGUGAGGAUGAUUGUCUUUUUUUUUAAACCAGGACGUAUCUAAUAAUAAUACUUGCCACUUCACUAGUUUUCUGGGGUCAAAACUAAAAGAUGCUGGCUAACAGAGCUAAUGUUCCUGCAGAAAAUACAGUACUGAGACUAACUUAAAUAUUAAUAUUUAAAAUACUUUCUUUAACUGUCCCUCUUUUUUGCUAUCAUGCCCCGCGUUACUGUUGUGUUUGGCAAGAUCCUGCAAGACUUCUGAUUCCCCUUCACUACUGAGAUUGAUCAGUCCUGUUGUGCUUGUAUUCAUUUGUUCCUGGUGGUAGCUUGUCCUAAAAUGUGUGUAGGAGAGCAUUUUAUGGUAAUUGUUGUGUAGUGCAUGAAUCUUUGUGAAAUUCAGAGAAAAACCCAAAUUCAGUGAAUGCCAAAAAAUGCAAGUAUCUAGCCAUUGUUUAAAAUUGCAGUGGUGCUAUUUCUCUUGUGGCCUUUUAGACUUUUGUUGCCCUAAAACUCCAUUUUACUGAGAAACCAUAUUUGACUCGGACUUUUCUUGACAGGGUUUUUCUAUUUUACGCAGUUUCUAAAUAAAGUUCUGUAUUUCAAGAG